GGGGGGCGUGCCUGGUAAACUGGAGCUGAGACAGCGAGGGAAGGAGGCGGGCAGACAACCCAGUGUGCGAUGCAAGCCGGCCACUCUUCCACAAUCUCAUUCUCCGUUUUCGCAAUGACUCGUUUGUGAUACGUUUCAUAACACAAGUGCACCCUUCAGACCGAGGGUUGGUCUGACACUUGGGAGGAUCGUCAAAAUGAAACACAAGAAUCUUAUGGCCAAAGCUUUAUAUGACAACGCACCAGAAUCUCCAGAGGAGCUAUCUUUUCGUAAAGGAGAUAUCCUGAUGGUGAUUGAACAGAACACUGGUGGGUUAGAAGGAUGGUGGCUUUGUUCACUGCAUGGACGACAAGGCAUUGCCCCUGGCAACCGUCUCAAACUUCUUGUGGGGCCUAUCUAUGAUAGCUCCACAAGUGAGCCAUCUUCCUCUGUAGCAACACAGCAGUCACUGCAGCAGGGCAUCUAUCAAGUCCCGCCAAGCCUGCAUGGCCAUCCCAGCUGCGGAAGUUCUUUUCGAGAUCCUAUCUACCAAGUACCCCCUUCACAACUGAGUCAGAACGUAUAUCAGGUGCCUCCCAGUGCAUCAGGCCAAGGUGCACAAGGCCAUGAGAUCUAUCAGGUUCCACCGUCUGUACACAGGAGCCCUUGGGGGGCUGACAGUGCCCCUCCUACAAGCAAGGUCAGAUGUGGACAGGGCUACUCUCCAGCAAGACAGCAGCAAAGAGUUUAUGAUAUCCCACCAGUUCGUCAGCAGGGGCUCUACGACAUUCCUGCUGCAAUGCUAAAGGGACCCAUGCAUCAAACACAACUGGAAGAAUUUAAAGCCAAAGGACUGUAUGAUAUACCAUCUUGUUUGGGAAAGGAGAAGCAGAGUGUGUACGAUAUUCCACCCAUUUCUUGCAAAGAGGCACUUGGCAAUCAUGACAGAGAAGCUACAUAUGACUUUCCACCCCCAAUGAGACACUUCACCGAUCCCCUUAUAAGCCAUAAAUCUGAGGGGUUAUAUGACAUCCCACCAACUACUGUAAAGCCAUCUUUAAAGCUGAACUCAAUCCAUUCAGGAGGUGGGAUCAGUUCCCUGAAACAGUCCAUUUAUGAUGUCCCACCAACAGUGGUCAAUUCAGAGUUGGUUUCAAAAAAGCAAUGUGUUUAUGAUAUUCCACCAACCCACCAACAAUCUCCACAGAAAGACAUCUAUGAUAUUCCACGAGGUUUGCAAGACUUUGAACAAUCUGCAUCAGGAGUAGAAAAUACUGUAUAUGACGUUCCGCCACAGGUUUCGCAAGAUGUUAGGGCGGUACAAGAUGUGACUGAUGGAAUGAACCGUUUGUCAUUUUCUAGCACAGGUAGUACACGAAGUAAUAUGUCUACAUCUUCAACGACAUCAAAGGAAUCUUCUGUUUCAGCCUCACCACUGCCAGAGAAGAAGUUACUGCUAGACUUAGAUUCUGCCUUUGAGAGACUGACUCAACUGCAGCAGAAUGUGGAUACCUCAGUAAAGGGACUCAUGGCUUUUGUCAAUCCUAACUGGCGAUCUUAUGAAAUAAUGGAAAAAAACCUUAAUGAAAUACAUGCUUGCGUUGACAAGGUAAAGCAUUCAUUGCUGGGAUUCCUUGGGUUUGCCCAGGGAGCCUUAGUGAAUGCAUCACGUUUAUCAGAUAUCAGUCUUCACAACAAGCUAAAAAAGCAAAUGCAGCGAUUGGAUGACUCCUACCAGAUUUUAGUCCAGACCAGCCAGGCACUGGAUAACAACAACUGGUCCUUGAACAUCUUGGUGGUAAACCGGUCCCAUAAUAAAUGUGAUAAUUUAGACCGUUUUGUUAUGGUGACAAAGACUAUACCAGAUGACAUUAAGCAGUUAGCAUCUUCUAUGAGCACAAAUGCAGAACUCUUAUUCAAACAAGGUGUUGGAAUUACAAACCUAGAGACGGUCCAUGAAAUAAACCAAUUGACCGUUGGUGACAAGAGUACUACAAGCUUUAAUCAGCCCCAUUCACAAGGAGAUAAGACAAUGAUUCAGAUUAGGCCUUUGCAUAGUCCACCACAAUUGGACCGUGAGGAUCACAUUAAAAGCACAGAAAUCAUAGAUAAAAGUUGGAUGGAAGACUACGAUUAUGUCCAUUUGCAGGGGAAAGAUGAAUUUGAGAGACAACAAAGAGAACUUCUGGAAAAAGAAAAUAUUGUCAAACAGAACAAGAUGCAACUGGAGCAACAUCAGCUAAAUCAAUUUCAGGAACUGGAAAAAGAAAUCACAAAACCAGUGGAAAAUGAUCUUUCAAACUGGAAAGCACCACAGCACAUUCCUCAGAAGAGCAGCAGUCUCAGCUCUCAAGAUAAGCAACUUCUCUUCUUCUACUCUGAACAGUGUGAGACUCAUUUUGUAACACUGCUGAAUGCCAUUGAUGCCUUCUUCAGCUCAAUCAGUGGUGGGCAGCCACCCAGAAUCUUCGUGGCUCAUAGCAAAUUCAUUAUCCUCAGUGCUCAUAAACUUGUAUUUAUAGGGGACACGUUAUCAAGACAAGCUAUGGCUCAAGAUGUUCGGAAUAAAGUAUUAAACUAUAGUAAUCUACUUUGUGAACUUCUUAAAAGCAUUGUCAUGGCAACAAAGACAGCUGCCUUACAAUAUCCCAGCAUAGCAGCGGUUCAGGAGAUGGUGGACAAGGUCACAGAACUAUCAUAUCACUCUCACCAAUUUAAAGUCCUGCUGCUGCACUUGGCAUCUUUAUGAAAAGACAUUAUAAUUAAAUUCUGAAUAACAAAAAGCUGUUCUUUAAAGAAUCGAUAUUGUAUUAAAAUGACACACUCAUUGAGUGUUCUGUGUUCAUGUGGAAUUUUUUUAUAUCACUAUGUAUUUUUGCUAUAUUUCUCAUCAUGUUUUCAUUCUUCAGAGGCAUAUGAUAUUUGACCAUAAAUUUUUAUGUGGCCUAUAUUGCUCAGAAUCAUGCUGUGUACCUAGUAUAAUCACACAUUAAGUCAUAUAGUUUACUACUUUACAUUUAACACUGCACUUUGGAAUAUCUUUUAGUAUCAUAUAUUGUAGCAACUUUGCAUUUCAGCAGCAAUCAAACCAGUUAUAGCUUUGUUUAUAACUGUACAUAUUUAUUUGACCAUUGAAAUGGAUGAAUAGAGAGAAUAAAUCAUCACUAAAAGAGAUUUUCUCUUGUAUCAGAGAAGAGAGGCAGCGAUUUUUAAUGGAGUUAGUUAAUAUCAAGGAAGUUUUGAUUCAUUUGUAUUUCAGAAAUGGUGAUGUUGGUCAAGGUACAGGAUUGACUCCAUAAUCUUCUGUUCCAAAAGGAAGCUAAAUUCACAAGAGAACGCAUUGAAGAUGCACAGUAAUGAUUUCUUGAUGGUGAAAAUUGGUUGGGAAAAAAAUCAUGGCUGGAUAUCAGUGACCGGCUCCCUGCAGGUGUCUGUAACAUGACCACAAUAAUUAAGUAGUUUUCUAAUUUAUACAUUCAUGCUAUUACCAGUGGGAUAUACUGAAAAUUUAGGUAUUCUCCAGGUUUUUUCCCAUCACUGAGUUUGCAAAAAUACAAACUGGAGAACUUCAUAUCGAUUCCACAUCCCAAUCAUCCUCCUUAAGAUUAUGAAGCGCAAAAGUCGCUUGCUACUUUUUAAAAAAAUCUAGCUUGUACAUUUAUUGUACUGUUUUUCUGUUUUAAUCAUCAUUGCCUUACUCCAUUAUUUAUUUUAUCCUAACAUUGUCAAAUGAAACUGUAUUCAGUACUUAAUAUUUACUGUAAAUAUCCACGCUGAUUGCCAAGUCAGUGACAGUUCAAGGAUAUUGAACAAGAAUCACUGAGUACAAUUUUAUACAGAAAUGUCCAUAAAUGCUACCCUUGCACCUUUGAAGUCUGGGUAACUCACUUUUAAAUUAUGCUUAGUUUUUUAUUUGUUGUUUUGCCCUGUUUGAAUUUUGUAGCCAAUAGUGCCGCUAUGUUUUUACCUUUUUGAUUAUUAAAUCUUAAAUCAAAACAUAGAGAUUUUUUAGGAUCAGCAACUUUUUGGUGCUUGCAAAUUUGGGGGAAUAUGAAAUAUACUGAUUGACGUCUAUAUGACUUUCAAGGAUAAAGAUUGAAACCCCUUACUUUCAUACACUGAGAAUAGAUUUCCUUGAUGGAAUCAUAGUUUAUUCCAGCAGCUAGUUCUACAUUACUAAUUUGAUUAUAAAUGUUCUUUCAGCCAACUCAUUUCAGUUGAUCUCAUGCCUUCUUUCAUUUGUUACUAAUUCUCUCAAUGUAGAUUCUCAUUUUUAGUUCAUCUCUAGCUCCUGUUGAAAAGGUGAUACAUAAGCUUCCUCCUUCACUACAGCCUAUGUGGUUUCUCCAGAGCAUUCUUGGGAUUGGAGUUUGGACAGUGUUACGUGUGAUUGCAGAUAUAAUCUAUUUUUCCUAAUUGAGUCAUGUUAAAUUAGAAUCCACAAUGCAGGAAAUAUGUGUGUAACUUGUUUACAGGUAGAGGAAAAAAAGGUCAGAAUCUAUGUUGUGCUCUUUAUCACUGUCAUUAAGUUUGCAGAUUUAUGAUUUAUUCACAGCAGAUUACAUUGCUUUAUGAAUAAAAAUAUGGUUUCAUGAACUGAACUGAAAUCCUUAAAGCAAAUGUGCAGAAGAAAUUAACACUGAGACUCUGUUCAUUCCCUGACAUUGCCAGAACUGGAAAUUUACUUUUAAACCCUUCUGAAUAUCAUAUACAACAUUUUCUUAUUAUUCUGUUAAAAAAUAUAAAUAUAUCUCUACUGAAAAAAUUAAAUGGUUUUGAUAUGGAUUUAGAAAAUGGAAGAUUGUUUUAUUUUUCAUACUUUAAUCAUCCAUUAAAAUGGGAGGUAAUACCUUGGUGCUGGAGGAACGCUGUCUCGUUUUUACUGUACCUGUUGUAUAUGGUAGAAAUGACAAAUAAAAAGCUGCUCUUAUCUACCAAAGCCAUUCAAUUUGUUUAAAAAUAAAUUGGAAUAAUUAAAUUUCAACUUCUUUUAUUAAAUUUGAAUAGGCUUUGCAACUUCAAGUAUCCACUUGAGAACCAUUUCUAUUGCAUUGCAGAGCCCUUCCUACUCCUAACAUGUGCACGAAAGUACAGCAGCAUGUUGAUCCUUACCCAGUGAUACCUGCCAGUGGUAAGGCUGUUCAUUGCUAGGAUGUACUUAAAAAAAACUAUCCUCCAUCCCCUUCACCUCAUCCCUGCAAUGGCCUCGUGCUUAUGUAUGUGUAAACAUUGUUGCUUCCUAUACAUGAGUAAGUAUGGGGAAAAUAAGCAAUAAUUCAGUUUUACUUCUAAAAUUGAAGCUGAGAGCAGUGACAUAAGCAUGAAAAUAUGGUUAACAGUUCUGUUUGUGCUUCUAGUGACUUGAAAGAGUCAUCUCAAACAACAAAUCUCUCCCUUAACCCAAUAAAAAAAGUUCUAUGUUCUAAAGGGAUAUGUUUAUUUCAUUCAAAAUGUGCCUAUAUAGUGAAUGAGUACAAGGCUACUUCUAAUGAGGUGCCGCGCUUUAGGAAAACCAUUUGAAAAAUAAAACCACACACGUACUGCUGAUACAGUGGCUUGGGGAGGUGCUGGGGUACAGUCCAAACAUGAGUCACAAAAGAAGUGAUGUAAACACAUGAACACGAAUCUAUCUAUAAGGCUUAUUCAUUGUUAAUUUGUGGUAUUGUAAUACCAUAACCUAUACUGAUCCAUAAUCAGACUGUACUGUGACUUGUAUUGUUAAAUCAUAACCUGCACUAUGCUGUAACACAUACCAUUAAUGUUUAAGUUAGCUCAAUAGCUUUCAUUAAGUUUUGCAUUUAUCCCAUACUCAGUAAAUAUAUUAAGAUCUCUCAUAGCCUAAAUCCAUGCUGUUGUAAUUUGCACCUUUCCAAGACAUAAAUAUCACAAUGCAACCAUUGUAAUAGUAACCAUAUUGAUUAAUCUAAAUGUAAAAUAAUCUUGUGGAACACCAAAAUAAUUUAGUCUAUUCUAUAAUCUCUAUUUUUCCAUAAUCACCAUGAUAUACAUUUAUCACAAUAUGUCCUUUAAUCCAUACUAUAGUUCAAUUUAUAUUGGUCUAUACUGUAAUUCAUACUGACUGUAGCACAUGGUUUUGUGCAUAUUAAUAUAUAAUGAUGCAUACUAUUCAAUAGGUUGUACCAAAGUCUCUGAUGCUGGCCAUAAUAAAACAUUGAUUAUAGCAUAAUAUGAAUCAUGAAUUAUAGUUUAGAUUUUGGGAAUUGUGCAGCUGCUGAUUAGCCAUACCAAUUCUUUGAAUAUAAUCUCUACCAAAAUCCACACUGUGCCACAAUCAUACUGCUUCAUAACCCAAUGACUCUAGAAGCAUUUAAACUAAAUAUUUGUACCAUGAUCCACAAUCUAACAAUUAAUUCUCCGUACCACAGUUUGUACAAUAAUCUACACUGUUUAUGACAUAUUAUCUGUAUUAUUCAUAAUCUAAGAAGAGAAAAAGAUAAACACAAAGUCUAAGACAGGUUUGAAUACCACUCAAGGAAAAGACCAGAAUGAUUCAGUUAUUUUGUCUGAACUUAAGCAAGAGGUGGGCGUUCACUGAUGUGGGUAAGUGUAGUGUUUUCAUUAUUUUGUGUUACUACAUGGACAAUGUGUACUGAUGAAAUGAGUCUGGUCAUAACUGGUGUUUUCCAUUUUCACGAGCUUUAAAAUAAAGCA